AUGGCACGCUCGAAGCAGGCCACCCCCAUCCGUCGGCAGACGUCGUCCGAGUACUUCAGCAGGGCCGACACCCUCGCGCGGACGCCCAGCCACGGUAACGGAGCCGCGACGCUGACGUCAACAAAGCCCAACGGCAAGGUCGACGCGCCCGCUGCGCCCGUCGAGGCGAAGGAGGCCGGCGCAUUGCAGAUCCUGAUCGCCGUGGGCGGCAUCUACGCCUCAUUCUUGACGUGGGCCUACCUCCAAGAGAAGCUCACGACGACCCCCUACGGCCCGGCCUCUAAGCCCGAGGUCUUCAAGUACCCCGUCUUCCUCAACACGAUCCAAUCCCUCUUCGCCGCGACGACGGGCUUCCUCUACCUCUGGUCCUCCUCGCGUGGCGCCGCUUCCCUGCCGCCCGUCUUCCCGUCGCGCGGCAUCGUCCUGCCCCUCGCGCUCGUCGCCGUCACGUCCUCCCUCGCCUCGCCCUUCGGCUACGCCUCUCUGGCGCACAUCGACUACAUCACGUUCCUCCUCGCCAAGUCCUGCAAGCUCGUCCCUGUCAUGCUCCUACACACCACCCUCUUCGGCAAGCGCUACCCGCUGUACAAGUACCUCGUCGUCGCGGGCGUCACGGCCGGUGUCGCCGUCUUCACGCUGCACUCGGGCAGCAAGAAGAAGAAGUCGGUCGUUAACCCGGACGCCAACAUGCCCUGGGGCAUGCUGCUGCUGUCCAUCAACCUGCUCUUCGACGGCCUCACCAACACCACCCAGGACUACAUCUUCAGCACUUUCAAGGGGUACACUGGCCCCCAGAUGAUGUGCGCCAACAACCUCAUGAGCACCGCCGUCACGCUGGGCUACCUGGUCCUAAGCCCCUGGCUGGUGCACACGGGGCUGGGCGAGUACCUCGGCAUGGACGUCGCCGGUAACGCGGGCGAGCUUAAGGCCGCGCUGAGCUUCAUGGCCCGGUACCCCGCCGUGUGGUGGGAUGUGCUCGGCUUCGCGGCGUGUGGCGCCGUCGGCCAGGUCUUUAUCUUCUACACCCUCUCGACCUUCUCGUCGGUCCUCCUCGUCACCGUUACCGUCACCCGCAAGAUGGUCACCAUGGCCCUCUCCGUCUUCGCCUUUGGCCACAGCCUCACCAGGAUGCAGUGGCUCGGCGUCUCCCUGGUCUUUGGCGCCAUCGGCGCCGAGGCCCAGAUCGCGACAAAGGAGAAGAAGGCCAAGGAGGCCGCGAAGCGCGCCGCUGCCGCCGGCAAGGCGCAGUGA